UAUUCUCAAAGGAGGUUUAGUUAGUCCAUGGACUAAAUCGGUGGUUUAAACCUCCGAUUUAGUCCAUGGACUAAAUUUUGGUAUUCUCAAAGGUGAUUUAGUCGGGGGUUUAGUUAGUCCGUGGUCUAAACGCGUCGUUUUACGUCAUCAAUUUUAGUCAGCUCUCAUGGGUGGUUUAAACAAUUUAGUCCAUGGACUAAAUUUCGUGCGCAUGCGUAGUUGCUUAAUCGUCUGCAAUUUUUUUCACUCUUUUUCCCGCCCAAAAGUCAUCGGAGACAGAACAGAGCCCAAUUUAGUUUCGGGUUACGUGUAUAUUUCACUGAACCAGUUUUUGGUAAUUUUCGCCGAAAACGAGUCACAACUAAGCUGGUUACCUUUUGUAUCUUGGCCCUGACAGGGGCAGCAUCCACCAGUGUUUUCCCUGCCGUCAACAUAUGCAAUCACUUCUACAGUAGUGCAGGUUGUCUCCAACACAGCAGCUGUGCAAAAGACUACUUCCCCUUAAGCAGAGUCACGACUAAGCUGGUUACCUUUUGUAUCUUGGCCCUGACAGGGGCAGCAUCCACCAGUGUUUUCCCUGCCGUUCACACAAUCACUGCUACAUUCAUUUUUGGACUGAGAAUAUGGCAAAUUUUUACCGCCUUCGUCAGCUUGACAUGGUCAGAGAGGCGGAAAUGAGGCCAGAGAGGGGACUCACAGAUCGCAAGAAUCCAUUUGAACUGUACGAUGAUCGUGAUUUCAAGAUGCGAUACAGAUUUACAAAACACACAGCACUCUACCUAAUCAACAUCCUUGAAGAAGAUCUCAGUAGAAACACAGAUCGGAAUAAUCCACUACCUGUUGUGGUACAAGUCAUGACUGCUCUCCGUUUUUAUGCCGUAGGUUCAUUCCAAAUUAUGCAUGGUGACGAGGCAUCAAUAUCUCAGCCAUCUGUGAGCCGAGUCAUCAAGAAGGUUUCAGAAGCUAUUGCAAGAAGGAAACGGGAAUUCAUGAGAUUUCCAUCAACGAGAGACGAACUUGAAACAACGCAGCAGCAAUUCUAUGAGUACUGCGGCUUUCCCGGGGUCAUCGGUGCUAUAGAUGGGACCCAUGUCUACAUCAGGAGUCCUGGUGGGGAACAAGCCCUGUUUUUCCUUAACAGGAAAAACAGGUAUUCAGUUAAUGUACAGGUUGUCUGUGAUCAUGCUGGGAAAAUGACAAGUAUCGUGGCAAGGUGGCCUGGCAGCACUCAUGAUUCAAGGAUUUUCUCUGAGAGUUCGCUGAAACAACAGCUGGAGGCAAGGGCAGAAGGUACUGGGUGGCUACUUGGAGAUAGUGGGUACCCCUGCCUCCCGUUCCUCAUGACCCCCAUCCUACAUCCUCAUCCAGGGCCACAGAUGCGCUACAAUAAUGCCCACAAAAGAGGACGUUGCGUUAUUGAGCGCACCUUUGGCCGUUGGAAGAGGAGGUUCCCUUGCCUCAAUGAUCUGCGCGUGAAGGUGGACACUACCUUUACUGUUAUAGUGGCAUGCUCGGUUCUUUGGAAUAUCUCUCUCACUCGUGGAGAGCAAGAUAUUCAAGAACUUGAGCCAAUUGAUGAUGCAAUGCCACCUGACCACCUUCCUCCUGGCCUCCGUGAUGCUGUCGCUGGUAGGCUCAGGAGAGAACAGAUUAUUGAGGACCAUUUUACCCACCCUUAGAAUCUCCAGAGUAGCCACUCAGUGCCAUCUGCUCAGGCAACAGUUGUUCUUUCAGUUACUCCGGUGAAAUUCCAAGAAUUAUGAUGCUGUCAAGGUACUUGUUAUAUUUCCAGCUAGCAGGGUUUCAUGCAGCUACAUUUUAUUAUGUAUUAGGGCUUCAUAAAUGAAAGUGGUUGCAGUUAACACUGAUUUUACGAGAAAGUCUGCAAACCAAACUUAAUUGUCACCAUAACAGUGUGGAUCUAGGUCUGGUACAGUUACAUAAACUAAAGUUUGUGACAUCCUGAAUCUCAGCUGAAAAAUGAAAAAUCACUCUCAAGAUCAGCAACUCAGAUAAGCACAUGUGGGAGAGUAUUUUUUAUUGUUUUGAAAAAUGCCCAACAAUUGACCUGAAUCCCUUGUUCGUUUUGCUGAUUUCUUUGCAAUUACACAAUUUUUUCCAGAAUCCUUUGGCACAUAUUUUUAUGCCCCCGCAGACGAAGUCCGCAGGGAGCAUUAUGCAUUGCCCCUGUCCAUCCUUCUGACCCUUCACUUGGUUUCUGUGCAAUAUUUAAUAGAUUUUAAAAAAUCCAGGCAAAGUUCAAAUUUGAAGUCCGCAGGUCAAAGCUUAUUAAAUGAGCGAGUUGGUUUCACCAAGAUAACUUAACCCUAUCUAGGCCGGGGGGGG